CUCUCACUGUCAACAACAUCCCCGUCCUGAAGACACACGCUCACCAUAGCUGAGACGGGGCAGUCAUUUUGAGACCUAGCAUCAUUUAAACCUCCUUCCAAGACACAAAAGCCAGAAGAGAAAAAUGAAGACGGGACAUUUUGGAGUAGUCACCAUGCUGUUGGCAACCGUGAUUCUAAUGGACGUCUUCCAGGUGAAGGCUCAAGUGUUAGACAUGGCAGAUGAUGCAUUUGAUGAUGAAUACCGGAAGUGUGCUGACAGGAUGGAAAUCAAAUACGUUCCCCAGCUGCUCAAGGAGGAGAAGGCAAACCAGCAGGUCCUAGAAAGUGUGUGGGAAAGUGCAAAAGUCAAGUGGGAAACCCGGAAGUCCCAGGUCUUUGUUCCUGUGAAUUUCAAGGACAACCAUGGCAUAGCUCUGGUGGCAUAUCUCUCAGAAGCUCAGGAGCAAACCCCCUUUCACCAUCUCUUCAAUGAGGCCGUGCGUACAGCGGGGCAGUCUCGGAAAGAUUAUAUCUAUGGCUUCCAGUUCAAAGCUUUUCAUUUUUAUCUGACCAAAGCUCUGCAGUUGCUGAGAAGACCCUGUGAAGAGAGUUACAAAAACGUGAUGUAUUCAAGCCAGGAGACCUCGUUUACAUUUAAAGGGCUAAACCAAGCCAGACUGGGCAGUUUCACGUUGGCACAUUCAACCAAACCGCAAGCUGCAGCUAACAGUGUUGUGUUGACCAUCAACACAUGCUUUGCAGUUGAUGUUGAAAAACUUGUUGAUCAAAAAAGUGAUAAAACUUUUUUAAUACCUAUGAAUGAGCUUUUUGAAGUGUCGAAGGAGGAGAACAGCAGUAACCUCGUCCUUCAGAGCACGAACAAGACCUGCAGCCAUUUUGAGUGUGCGUUUCUAGGUGGACUGAAAACUGAUAAUUGUGUGGAGAACCCAGAAUAUCUUCAACCUACCUAUGUCUACAACCGUGGUGAUGAAAACCAGAAGCUAGAAGACUCUGAUGUGAAAUUGCAGGAUCCCACCCAAAUACGAGGAAUGCAAACUGCAGACCCCUUCGUACUACCUGGAAUAAAAGUUAUACAACCAGAUGAAAAGCCAGAAGACAGGAGUCACGGGAGUUUCAACAAUCCCACACCAGGUCCGGUUCCAGGUCCCAAAACGUACCCUUCGGCGUCCUCCGGCCAGAUGCUCCUGCCACCGCUGGGGAUGCUGGUCAUUGUAGUCAGUGCUUCUGCUAAGAACCUCUUUGUUGCUUUAUAGUUUGAUACUUUACCUUUCCUGUUCUGUACUUGAAAUGUACCAUAGGGAGCCCAUAGGGUAUCAAAAUCGUCUAUUUUUCACUUGUUGGCCAAAGUCACUUGAUAAAAUGAGAACUGUGUAUAUUUGUUAUGAAUUUUGCAAAUUUAGAAAGUUGAUUCAUUUGUCAAAAUGUUUAUUUCUAUAUUUCCUGAUUGAAAAAAACAAACUGUAUAUCUUGGUCUCAAUU